AUGUUCAAGCCCACCUCGGCCCUUUUCUCGGGUCUUCUCUGGAAGACCCCAUGGCGUCUGUCAUCGCCCCAGAAAGCCCGGCAACGCAAGCGCCUACGCGCCGUCGACCAGGUCGUUGAUACUCUCAGCGCAGCUCUUUCGCGACAGGGAAAGACUACUAAGGCGGUCGAGCGGUGGUACGCCGAGAUGCCUCGCGAGGAAGAGAUGCUUCCCAAGGACAAAUACACCCUCUUCGAUAAGAAGGAGAAAAGCUACCGCAAGUCUAUUCACAAGCUUCCCAAGUGGACCCGUGUCAGCCAGCGUGUCAACCCCCCUGGUUUCUAA